ACGAUAUCUAACAUCCGAAUUUGCACCCCUCUCGAUGCUGAACCUCUGGUUAUGGCCAGCUAUACUCACACUACUCACACUUCUCACCCACCACAGACAAACUCUCACCUUCCUAGAAGUCCAUCACCGAACCCGAACGCGCGGCCCUCGGGUUCAGCACCUUAGCAUCUCCAACAUCCAGCUAAUCCACUCUUCAUGCCCCAAUCUAAAGGUCCUCGUAUUCGAUCUUCACCGUCGCAGCGACUCUCUUCCCAAGGAUUUAGACCACUUUAGACCACUCCCUGAAGCCGUGUCCAACAUGUCUCUCUAUACUCUCCGCAUUCAUAUCGACAUCGGCUUAGAGCGUCUCGGAUACCCUGAAUGGCAUCUGCUAAUCCCGCCUUUCGGCUUUUCAAAAGAGGCAAAGUUGCAAUUCCUGCCUCCAGUGCAUACUCAGGUGUGGAUGGCAGGAAGGUCGGAACCGUACACCCCAGAGUCACCGGAGACUGAAAUAAGGCCUUUUAUAGAAGGGAUUUGGCGGGCAGUCUUUGGGAGGAAGGAUCUUCUCGAGAGUAAAGAACUAAUGGCACAGUUUGAAGAGGGGAAUUAUUGAUGACGGAUUCAUCGAGGGAAGAGAAUUGUGCGAGGAGAUUUUUGAAGACGAAGGGGAAACAGGAUGGGGAAUGUUGUGUGCAGAAUGUGAGGACGACAUGUGGAGCUGGGAUUGAGGGAAGGGUGUAUCCUAGUGAGGAGUUCUUGGGGUAGAGGAGGUGAAUAGAAACUUGAAAGAUGAGAAGAGUCUCGAUUCGAGUUUUUAAAAGACCAAGCGAACUGCAUCACUGGGCGACGAUGAAAAUGUACACCUCUUGAGCUUCAACUCCGACGGUAAGGAAAGCGUGUUAGAGUUGAG